AUGUUUGUCUCAGUUGAUGACCAGACUACUGUAGUGCUUGAUGGAAAGUUNAUAUCCAUGGAAAUCAGAUCGAGAAUAGCUGCUAAGGUAAGAGAAAUNAAGCAAUGCCUGGGAAAAGUUCCCGGGUUAGCCGUAAUUUUAGUAGGCCAAAGAAGGGAUUCUCAAACUUAUGUUCGCAACAAGAUAAUGGCUUGUGAAGAAGUNGGAAUCAAGUCUUUGGUGACUGAAUUACCCACUGAUUGUGCAGAAAUGGAUGUUCAAAAUGCGAUCAUGAGAUUUAACAAAGAUCCAUCCAUUCAUGGUAUUCUUGUGCAACUCCCUCUACCACAACAUCUAGAUGAGGAAAAGGUUCUGGUCGAUGGUUUUCAUCCCGUUAAUAUGGGGAAUCUUGCCAUAAAUGGAAGGGAGCCACUGUUUACUCCUUGUACUCCAAAGGGCUGCAUUGAGUUAUUGAUCAGAUCAGGAGUCGAUAUAAUGGGGAAAAAAGCCGUAGUGAUCGGAAGAAGUAAUAUUGUUGGUUUGCCAACGUCCUUGUUAUUGCAGAGACACCAUGCAACAGUCACUGUUAUACAUCCUUUCACAGAAAACCCUGUUCUUUCUGAUUAUGUUGUGUUUCGUGCUUCGGUGUUUCUUGUGUUGUUAUCAUUAAAAAUCGAAUUGGACUCUGUAAUUCUGCAUUCUAUGAUUCCUUUUGGAAUUAAAUGA